UAAUUAAUACUCAUAAGCUUGACCUCGUCCAUAGUGGGAUUCGUAACUACGUUUGCGGUUUGUUCUGUUUUAAAGAAGCGCUCAAUUCCAUAAUAUAAGACCGGAAGUUUUAAACAGCUAAAUCCUCAGAGGUGCGCUAUCAGUAGGAUGGCAGUGGGACAUGAGCUUCUUUCAGUUUAUCCGGAGAAAGUGACUCAAUAGUUUGCCUGCUAUGAGAUACAUACUUUUCUUGAUUUUGUUGUUACUAAAUGCCGUUCAUGCUGCAAAAAGUCACUUGGAUCUGGCCUGGGCUCAAGGAUCCAUCAAGAACAGAUCAAGCCGUGAUGUUUCCUGCAUCGAGGGCAUGGAGCAUGAACAUGAUAACAUUUGCUGCCUGAACUGCCCUACUGGAACAUAUGUGAAAAAGUAUUGUGUUGCUCCUUCAGAAAAAGGAGUGUGUGAGCCGUGUGAGUUUGACAAAUACACUGAGCAUGACAAUGGACUGCCGAAGUGUUUAUCAUGCACCAAGUGCCGUAUAGAUCAGGAAACGAAAGAGAAAUGCACAAAUACCCAGGACACACAGUGCAAGUGCAAACAGGGUUCAUUUUGUUCACUUGACCAAGCAUGUGAGGUGUGCAAGAAAUGCAGUAGAUGCAGAGAUGAUGAAGAGGUUGAAAAAAGCUGUACAGACAUAUCCAACACAGUUUGUAGAAAGAGAAGCUCUUCGGGCAGCUCUAAAUCAGUGACUGUCAUUGUAGUGGUGGCAUUCAUUGCAGUGCUUGCAUUCAUUGUGGGUAUCGUGUACUGGACAAAGUCAAAACCAAAUAGAAAAGCAGUAACCUCAAGAAGUCCAAGGGAAAUGGUUAGGAUCUGUAUGGGUGACAGUGAGGAGGUGAAAGAGGAGAACCAGAAUGCCCAAAACUCUAAGAUGGAUGAUGACUCUCAGUUCCAGCCGUUCCUUGACCAAAACUAUGCGGUGGGUACCAACAUUCCUGCUUCAGCGGAGACUGAGAAAGAUAAGGAACUAGGGGACAGCCUCCCCGACACUGCCAACUCUUCACAGAUUAGCCUGGUUAUGUCUACUGUGCCUAGUGAUCUCCAGUUCUGCCACACUAACCAGCCUCCAAGCUCUGCCACCCUGCAGCCUCACACUUUGGAAAGAAAGCCAAUAAGAAGACUUGUUCCUUUAAAUGGAGAAGAAUCACUGAAGAAAAGCUUUGAUUUCUUUGAAGAAAUGGACGUCCACUAUCAUAGCAGGUUUUUCAGGUUCAUUGGACUGAGUGAUAAUUCAAUCAAAAGUGCCGAGUCUUUCUUUCCGGAAGACAGAGUUUAUGAACUGUUAAAAAUCUGGAUGGAAAAGGAGGGACUGAAGGCAGAUUUCAACAGUCUAAUUGAAGCAUUGAUCUAUUUAGACCAAAGGAUGUCUGCAGAAAAUAUAAUUACAAAGGCAAUUAUUAAUGGUUACUUUAAAUAUGAAGAUGAGUGAUUGGAAGCAUGCAAAUAUUGUCAACACCUUAAUGUUCUCAGUGGGCAAAGGUAUUCUUUUGAUUUUGAUUUUGUUCAUGGCUUACCUUAUGCAGUAUUAUUCUCCAACAAUUCCAAAAAGGAAAAUGUUUCACUGACAUAAUAUUUAUUAUGUUGGCCAAUCGUGUGUGCAGUUUGCUAUGAUGCUAUGCCGCUGUUUACAAACAUUAGUAACAUUGGGGUAGUCAUAAAAAUAGAUAUUUAAGACUCCUAAUAUUAUGAAAUGUGUAGUCUUACUACGUUUAAAUGCCUUAUUUCCUGUUUUGUAUAAAAAUGUGAUGCAUAUAAUGAUCUUGAAUGUUACAUAUUAUUUUGUGAACUAAUAAAAGCAAUUCAUUUGUA